AGGCACUCCACUUGUCUCGAAGAGAGAAGAGAGGGAGGAGACGUGUGCUCCCGUCCCGGCCUUCUUCUUACAUCGGUGUGACACUUCGGAAGUGUCGCAUCAGUUGGCCUCGCCUUGUGUGGUGUUUCCGGGGAGGGGCGGAUGACCAGCGAUAUGGCAGGUGACGACGAGCUGCAAAACAUCAAGAUCCAGGACCCCUCACCACCCAAGGACAAUGACGAUCACUCGGAGUCUGGUACGUAUACAAUGCCAACAGGCACCGCAGUCAGUUGUUCUUGAUUGAUUGAUUGCUUGCGAUUGAUGCAGAGGGCCUGAUUCAAGCCAGCAGGACUUGCAGCAGGACCGCCGGGGCGACUUUAAGUUAUCCCUAUGCCGCUCCGUGGAAGGUCAUUAUCCUGUUCCUUGUCCUCUUCGGUUCUAUGGCUUUCGUCUUCGUACGCGCCUGUGUCGACAAGCAGUACGCCGACUCCUGGCCCGAGUGGUACCGUUUCCGCGGCAUCCCCCUCCCGCGGACAGUCGUCAUCUAUUUAGGUGCGGUCAUCUGGGUGCCUGCUUUUGUGUUUGCCGUAAUGGCGCUGUACGUCAAGGUGGUCGUCCGGCCGUCCCUCCAGCUGUAUUCAACAUACGCGCUUGUGCCAUCUGAGGUCACCGGCCGCGUGCAGACGGUGCACUUCUCGUCCGUCAGCAGCACGAGCCUCCGUGCAGCAGCGAUUGAGAUCAUAUUGGGUGGUGGCCAGGGGCGGCAGAAGCGUGUCGAGAUCUACUCAUACACGUUGCCGAAGGGGAACAGGGAUCUUGACGAGGUGUGGAGCUUCAUGAAGGCCAGGACUUGUCCUGAUCUUUAGGGGAGAGGGCGGGCAGACAGGCAAUCGGCCUGCCUGCCUGUCUGGUUACAUACACAUACACAUACACAUAAUCCACUUGUGUGUGUGCGUGGAUCGAUGGAUCCAUUCAGCGGUGAGCUUUCUGUCUGUCUGUCUGUCUUGAGUGCGUAUCUGUGCGUCUGUCCUCCCUGUGUCUGCUAUAUGAAGGUCGUGCAGGCAGGCAGGCACUGAAGUACAUGUGUGCCGGAUGGACGUAUCGAUGGAUGUCGUACGGCGCAUGCGAGUCAACAUAUAGUGAGGUGCUUUGUUUUGCCCGUGGGGACAGAGUUUACUCUUUCGUCGGUGUCGAUGCAAUCGAUCAAUGCUGUGUGUGG